AUGCGCCCCCCGCAGCCUGAGACUUGCGAUAAGUUCGUCUCUCACGUCGCUCGGAGAUGUCGGGGAGGUCCUUCGCGACUUGGGCGGAACUCGACUGAUCCCUCGAGGCUCGACCCGCGGGCCUUUGUUGAGGCCCUCGCGUGCCCUUCGAAGCCAGUCGCGAACCUGCCUCGAGUCGAAACACGUGGGGACGCUGCAGUUCGCCGGCCCCGCCCACCUACUCCUGACGGAGGUGAGCAAGAUCUCGACAAUCCGGACUUAGUUUUCCAGCGCGAUGCCCUCGUUGCAAACGCCCGUUUUGAACUGGUGCUUCGUUCGCUUUCUGAGGGCUUUUGA